AUGAAUACUAAUUGUUUGGACUUAAUGGAUUUACUCGAUCUAAACCAAACAGAAUCGAAUACCAUUCUAUUAGAAAACUACUCACAACAUCAAAAGAUUCCAUCCCGCAACACCUCCAUGGCUCCCACAAACAAAACUAUAUCUACCAGAUUAUAUUCCUAAGUGAGUUCCAGAAAAUAAACUUAAGAAACUGGCUAUCGUAGUAUUGCCUACUCAUUCCAAAUUUCAAGGACUGAAUAAACCAAAUAAAAGCAAAGAUCCAUAUCCUUCACUCCUAAUUUGGAUUAAAUGCAAUAGUCCUUUGAAAAAAUGGAAUUAAAGAUGAAUAAGUUUCAAUUAUCCCAACCAGAUAGGAUUGAUCAAAAAUACAUGAUCACUGGCUUUCUAUCAAUGUUCUAAGAUUAUUAAAAUAUUAUAAAAGUCAUCAAAAUGUAGGCUUAGGAUUUGAAUGCCUCCUUGUAGUCCUACAAUAAUAACUAUUAUGAAUAGGCCUAUCGAGUAGAUUCAUACUUUUAGAAGAAUUCACAGUUGCUGACUACGAAUGUGUUUAAGUAUUAUAAAAUUAAGGAAAGUCUUUAUCGAUUCUUGAGAAUGGGCAUUCAGGAACCGUAUAAUCAAAGGGUCUAAAAGAAAAUAGAUUUAUUGGAAAAGCAAAAUCAUUUAUUUGAAUAUUUUAAAAUCUACCUAGAAUUAUUCAAAUUCAUUAAUCAAAAGGCUUUUGAUUGCUUUAAAAAAGACUUAAUCUUUAUACACAGUUUAUAAUAGUCAACUUCACAACUCAAUUUUGGUGACUCAUUUUUUAAAUAGAUUUAAGAAUUUAAACAUAAAAUUUUGAUAAUCUCAUCAACACAAGAAGCAUCAAUUCUGAAUAGGAUCUUUCUUAAUAAAAUAGAUGAAAUCUAAUAAUGGAUUCAAUUGAUCUUGAAGAUGGCAAACUUUAAAUAUGUUUAUUAUAUAAAAUAUUUACUAGUUUCAAAAUCAUAAUUAAAAAAAAUAAUUAAAAGCAAAAAGCUUUUUGAUCAGAUCACUCCAUUAUUAGAAGAGGCUGAGUAAUAUCAAGCCAACACUUCAACCUUAAACAUCCUUUAUAAAGAUGAAAUACAUAAAUUUGUAUCUGAGUUUAAUCAAAUUAAAACUUAAAUUAUAGAUUGGAAUGUUCGUCUAAAAGAAGAUCCAUUAUGUCAAUUGGUACUUGUACUGAUUAAAAUGAACUUAAAACUUGAGAGAGUAAAUAAAAAUCUUCAGAUCUUAAAUGCGCUAAGAGAAUCUGAUGAUUUUGAUUCGGAACAUCUAUCCUAAGAAGUAGACAUGGUACAAAAAUUGAACGACUAAUUAUUAAUUAAUAGCCAUAUUAUCAAUUAAAUUAAAUAACAUCCUGAUAUCAAAUAUGAUGAGUACAUUUAAUAUUAACUAUUUUUAGAAUUUAUAAUAUGAAUUUGAUGUUUAAUGAGUAUGUUAUUCUAUAAAGAUUAUUUGAUUUUAUGUAAUAUCUUU